AUGGAGCAGUCCUCGGCUCAGAACCGAAUGCCGGGUCUGCCCCAUACCAGAACACCCCAGGGGCACUCGCCCCAGUUCUGGAACAGCAUGGAUUCUAUCUAUUCCGAUCCAUCACUCCAAGCAUCCCAAUCUCAGUCUCAGGAUCUGUCCUCACAGCAGGCAUUGGGAAUUGGAUGGGAUCAUCCAGUGCUCCAGCAACAAAACCAGAUGACUCAGCCGACCGAUCCAAGUCUUGAAAUUUACUCGAUCCCUCAGUCAUGGCAGACAAAUCCAUUGCACCAACCCGGUCGGGGCUAUGCGCCAAAUCCUCAAUACCACCCCCCUCAACCACUGCAGUUCCCACCAAACCAAAUGCAGUAUGACCCUCGCUCCCUCCAAGCGUCUGAGAGUUCGGCAUUCCCCUCCUACUCCUACCCACCCAACUUUUAUCCGCAACAACUGCCUGUGCAGGACUCUUACCAGUCGCGUCCUUCCCAGCAACAGUCGCACUCGGCUGAGUUCCAGACGCCAACUCCCCAACCUGCCUUAUCUCAAUACACUGCCUCAUCUGGGUAUCCUCCUUCUGAGCUGCACAACAGCAUUGACCUCACUGAAGACUUCCCCUCCGAAUCUGCACACCACCACACCAUCGAUCCGCAAUAUCUCAACCCGACAACUCAGUCUGCGCAACGACCGACCCUACAGAAUAGCUUUAUGUAUGGAAACCCGACAGAUUUUGAUCGGGCUGGAGGGCAGAUGUUCAACUAUUACCAGAAUGACCUCUCCGUUCAACCUCAGUUCCGUGGACCCGGUCACCCUGCUACUCAGAAUGGUAUGUCAAGCCAAACAGGUCUUCCUCUUCCCCAAGCCGUAGUUGCGACAAAGAAGUCUACGAAGAAACAACCGGCAAAGAAGACUGCAAAAAAGGAAAGCAAGGACAAGCAAGACAGCGAGAGCUCCGAUGACUCUGAGUUGGAAAUUGAAGCCCCGCCAGAACCGUCCCCCAUACCCGCAGUUCGCCCAUCUGAGCCCAUCGCAGCAGCUGCGUACGAUACUAUGCAAGCUGUGUGGUCUCCCCGGAACAAACGAGCCCCAGCUGAUAAAGUAAAAAAUGGGUUGAUGGCAUUCAAAGAGAUUAUCAAAGCUCUUCGGGAUUCUUGGAAGGACCAGGUUCAGGCAAUGAAGAACGCGGAAAACCAGGGUGAUAAUGAUAAAGCCGCCCAGCUCAAGCAAGCAGUGACUUUGCAGCGCCAGACAAUGGAUAAAAUAAUGACCACCGCCAUGGAAAUGGGUCAUCCUAUGAUUGUCGAGAAAUGCGGAGAGCAUCCCAUGGCACUUGCAGCCAUUUACUCCUUCUUGGCAGAUCGUUUCCAGGCUGCUGAUUUCGAAGGAUCGUUGACCAGCAACAUGCUCAAGCUUUUGGCGCAAUUCAUUACUGUAGAUGAAGAAUUAUUGCAGAAAACCAACCUUGCUAAGCUAUUGCCUCGCUUUAUUAAGAAAGGAGGACCAUCCAUCAAGGAGCCAGCGCAGAAGAUUUUAGACAAUGCUGCGGCCGCCACCAAGUGGAAGCAAAAGAUUGCCGAGACAACAACGGAGGACUCCCCAGGGAAGGGUUCAUCUGGGGAAUCCCCAUCUGAACUUGCGGGUUCCAAACGUUCUCGAGAGGGAGAAAGUACUGCCGAGCCUGCAAUGAAGCGGAUGGUCGUGACGUCGAAUCCCAAGGAUCCGAGUAAACCGCCCGUCCCUACUAGCGUGGGCAAACGGGCUGUGGAAGGCGCUCAGAAUGGCAAGCCCGCAACGACCGCAGCGCCUCGCCCUAGAGCCAAUAUCGUUGCACCCAAGCCUUCGAGUCUAUUUGGCGCACUGAGCUCCGCUUCCAAGCGGCCAGGAACAACAAACGCCGAGAGAGCCGCGGCAAUUGCUGCAGGAAAACCUGCACCUGCACCUGAGAAGAAGGAGAAGCCGUCAGCGCCUCCUGCGAAACCCUCCUUCUCUUUUGGUGAUAUCAUGGCAGACCUCAGCAAGCCUAAACAGCCGGUUGUCGUAAAGCCUGCAGAGGACAUGCCUCCGGAGACAGAGGAAGAACGCGAAAAGCGACUGCGUAAAGAAGAGCGACGCAAGCUGCGCGUUAGCUGGAAACCAGACGAGUCGCUCACGGAAGUUCGACUUUUCACUCAUGACCCCAACGAAGAACUGGGCCCCGGUGAUGGCUCCAUGCGCGGCGCAGGAGAUGUGAAAGGUGAAGGGAGUGUUCUCAAACUUCAUAAAGACUUGGAGGAGUUGGAGGAAGAUGAUCUUGGAGGCAUGCGGGAGAUUAGUUUCGGCGAAUACCCUACUGCUCUGUCUGAAAUCGUCAUUGAAUCCGACGAAAUGAAAAACAACAAUUUCAUCAAACGUGGCGGUAACCAGAUACCCAACAGCCCAGAAAAAGACGCCCAGGAUCAUCGAGAAUCUACUACACUCAUGGCAUUUCACACAUCUCCAGCCGAUGUUCCUUCAACACCCAAGGAGCCUCCCGCUCCUGAGGUGGAUGAAGCUGUCCCUGAUGCCGUUCCAUUCGGAGAAUUGCCCGAUCACGUCAAGGCCCGGCAAGAACGCUACUUCAGCUACAUAAGUCCCAAGCCUCCUCAGUCUGAACCCCAACCGCAAGCCAACCAAGCCGCAGCCGGGUUCGACAUAUCCAACAUCCUCAAACUGAUCCACACCGGAAAUCAACAGCAAUCUACGCCCCCACCGCAGCCGGCACAGCAACCUGCAGCCCCUAUGUCUGACCUGGAACGUACAAUCAACAUGUUCCGUCAACAGCAGCCGCUCCCAGUCCCUCAAGUCCCAAUACCCCAGGCACCGGCUGCAAAUCUUGACUUCCAGGGUAUUCUCAAUGUCAUGAAACAGCUGCAGCCAGGCACAUUCACCCAGCCACAGCAGACGCCGCCUCCAAUGGCACCCAAUUUUGGCGCCAUGUUCGCUGCAUUCGGUGGUCAGAACCAGCAGUCUGGUCCCCAGCAGCUCUCGCAGCCAUCAAAUAGCUACGAGGACCCUGAACGCAAGCGCAUGCGUGAGGAUGGAUCUGGAGACGGCCAGUAUGACCCUUCAUGGAGUCGUCAGAAGCGGACAAAAUCCAACGAACCCAAGCCUUACAAAUAUGGAUUAGUUGCAUGCCGGUUCUGGAACGAGGGGAAGUGCCGGAAAGGCGACAAUUGCACUUUCCGCCAUGACUCUUAA